GCUAGCGACACGCAGAAAGAGCUGCGUCUCGCCCGCUUGGCACAAUCGACCCAUCAGAGGAGGCAGUCAGCAGUUGGAAACUUUCUCUAUCGCUCGUCAGCACCAUGGACAGCCCAGGGUUCGACAAUUUGGACGCCGUCGGGUUUCUGCAGAUUUGGCAACGAUUUGAUGCUGAUGAUAAUGGAUACAUUGAAGGCAAUGAACUGGAUGAUUUUUUCCUGCAUUUGAUGAAGAAGCUUGGUACUGAGGGCGGCGACCUGAGUGCUGGAAAGGUCCAGAAAAUGAAAGAGCGAUUUAUGUCUGCAUAUGAUGUCACCGCUGACGGGAAGCUGCAGAUCCAGGAGCUGGCAAACAUGAUCCUACCAGAAGAUGAAAACUUCCUUCUGUUAUUCCGACGUGAAACCCCAUUGGACAAUAGUGUGGACUUCAUGCGGAUUUGGCGUAAAUAUGAUGCAGACAGCAGUGGAUAUAUUUCAGCCUCUGAACUUCGCAACUUCUUGAAAGAUUUGUUCCUUCGACACAAGAAAAUUAUUCCAGAUGACAAGCUGGAUGAGUACACUGACACAAUGAUGAAAAUUUUUGAUAAAAACAAAGAUGGCCGAUUGGACCUGAAUGACUUGGCAAGGAUCCUAUCACUGGACGAAAAUUUCCUUUUACAGUUCAAAAUGGAUGCUUGUAGUCUGGAGGAAAGAAGAAGAGAUUUUGAGAAGAUUUUCUCUCAUUAUGAUGUGAGUAAAACAGGAGCUCUGGAGGGUCCCGAGGUGGAUGGGUUUGUUAAAGAUAUGAUGGAAUUGGUAAAGGUGAGGUUACACAAAUCUAAUAUCACUGGAGUUGAUCUUGACAAGUUCCGUGAAAUUCUGUUACGCCACUGUGACGUAAACCAGGAUGGAAAAAUCCAGAAGUCUGAGCUUGCCCUAUGCCUUGGACUGAAAAUCAACCAAUAAAUCAACCAUGCAAUGAGUUAUUCAACACUACUAUCACACAUUAAUCUUCUCUCUCAUACAUUUAAUAAUACACUUGCAUUUGCAAACAUAACAAGGCUCUGUUGAUCACCAGAGUGGUCCAUGUUUGGAAAGGAGAAAGGAAGUGAAUCUAAUAUAUCCAUUCAAUCAAACACUAGAAUUGAAAAGAUAAAAUGCUUUUGAAUUUGCAUGCCAAGGUACAGUGAUUUUAUUAUGACUGAGAUAAACUGAGUGGCUUGCACCAUUUGACAUUAAUGUAAUGCACAUGAAAUGCACAGCAACAUCAAUACUUACCUGAUGUGAGUAAAAAAGUUCCUAGUGUUCUGCUUCAAAAGAAAAACAGAACUAGCUGGAAUUAUUACAAGCAUUAGAAGAAAAAGAUAUCAGAUGCAAGCGUUGGUAACAUUAUCCCACUGUGCCUUUCAGGACAUAAUCCUGUUGCUACAAAAGCAAUAUGCAUCCAGUAAUAAAUAUUUAAGACUCAUUUGAUGAGCUACCAAUAAAGCCUGUAUUUGUAGUUGGUUGGCACACUUCCGUUAUCUGUUUGAUUCCCACUUACUGACAUCACAAAAUAAUUAAUUCCAGAUAUAAUAUUCACUUUUUUCCAAGUAUUAAGUGACUAUUCUGUCCUUUGCACGUUACACUGCAGUAUCUGUUUUGAACGUCAGCCACAAAUAUGGGCUGUGAAGUCUGUAGCCCUGGGUACUGGGUCAAG